UUUACUGACAAAUGUCGCACAUUUUAUAAACAUUUUUAUUAUACUAAUAAAAGAUGGAUGAUUCAGAGAAUUACCCAGAAAUCCCAAGUCCUAGUAUUGCAGACCCCGAACCUGAUUAUAUGUCCAAUUAUAAUAAACCAGAACCAAAUUCUGGACGGCAAUUAUACAAAUGUUACCGUCAAGAUGACGUUGUUUGUAUAAGUGAACAUCAAGUUGCGGCCAAUUUUCAUCGACUUUCUCAUUCGGAUGUUCAUACCAGCGCGAAAGAAAGUAAGAAUUCGCUAGGAUCAAAGACUGAAAUAAUAUCGCUUGAAGCCGAACCGAAUUCUAGUAUUGAAAAAUGCAUCCAGUUCUGGCACAAAAUCAUGCAAGAAAAUUUAGAGCCGGUCAAAUGUACAAUAAUAAAUGAUAAACGCGGUAAAAAAAAACGUAAAAGUACAAGUCAAGAAGAAUCUGAAGAAUUGGAAAAAUUAAGAAACGCCGUUACGAGUUUGCAAGAGAGCGAAAACAAGUUGAAACAGAUCUUCCUCAACGCUGUAAAAGAAAUUCAACAAAAAAAAUUGGACCAAAUAAAGUUGCAAGCCAAACGAAAAUGUCCCCAAUGCAAAAUAAUGAAAGGAAAAUUAACAAAAGCUAAAUGUUGCACUUCUAAAUUGGAUGAUCUCGUGGGUUUGAACGAUUGGAAGACCGAUAAGAAGAGCAGCAAGACAGAUAUUUGGAAACUAACCGAGAUGAGCGAAAACAGGGUAAUUCCCGAUGGACCAGACAUCCUCGAACUCAUUAAGAAAAAGGAAAAGGAGGGCAAGUAUUCGGAUUGGAACAAACCUGAUAGGGAAAGAUGCGAGUGUAAUCAGUUACCAGACUGUGCCUGUAAUCAUUGGAACGUCAUAGCCAGAGAGAGUUUCAAAUGUGUCCAAGAAGAGCCACCAGUGGAACAAGAAGAAGUGAAAGUCGAGGAAGAAGAAGAGACGGAGUAUCGGGAAAUGCCUCAGAAUAAGUUUGCUGGUUUGGCAGAAUUCCUACAAACACUCAGAGAAUCAAAUGUACAGGUUGAACCUGUUGAUAACAUUAAAUCUAUCGAAGAAGAAAAAGAUAUAUCGUUAGAUGAUGAUGCCAAAUCAUUCGAUGAAGUCUUACCGGGAGAAGAACGUAAUAUGUCCCUAGAAGAAAAACAAUACAGAGGCUUUUCCUGUGAUCAAGGUGAAGAGAUUUGUAAUGAAAUAAAUGACAUGAUGGAAGAAGUGUUUCGAGAAGUUGAGACUUGUCAAACCCGUAAAGAUGAAAGGGGUAUAUCAUGUGAUACAGAAGAAGGUUUCCUCAUGAUACCGCCUAAACAGGGAUCUACUUCGGACACAAGUAGUUAUUAUCAAAAAGUCGAAGACAAAUCUGUUGCUUCAGCAGACUCUCGAGCUACCAAUCGGCCAAUUCCACAUCACGCAUUUGACGAUGCAAAUGUCGACACAAUCUAUCAAACGAAAAAGAAUGUUACAAUGGUUGAGGAGAUAUCACUUGGACCCAAGGAUAGUGUGCAAUCCGUAAAAAAGACGAAAUCGAUUAUAAAGAGCGGAACUUCUGCCAAAAAUUUGAAUCCCUUAAAGUUGGAAGUUGAAUGUGUUUGUGGCAAAGAAAAUUGUGAUUGUCCAAAAAGCCUCGUAAGUAUACAACAUAGUGCUUCUGGCACAGACAUACCAGUAGCCAACGUGGAUAACAGAGGUCGUACAAUAUCAAAUACAAGAUGUUCCUUGGAAAUAUACACAAAAUCGAUGGGCGAGUUACCUAAGAAUAGAGGAUCAAUAGGUUCACAACAAUCAUCCAGAAAAACUAAAUCUGAGGUAACAACAACAACAAGAAUGAUAAAUGCAUCUUUUGUGAUAGGAGAUAAACACCUUUACAUUACUCCACCACAAAUUGAAGACGACACUAUUCCCCAACCCACGAUAAAAGGAGGAUCUUUGACAAGUCACAGACCUUCCAUUGAACUGCCCGCAUACAAGAUAUUGAAGCAAAGUUCUAGAACAGAUCGCCCAAAAAAAAGUCUUACGGAUGAUGAAUAUGUCGAUGGCAAGACAUCAGGCUCGCGGCACGUUUCUCUCACUGAAGAACGCAAUAGCAUCAAAAUAUUUAAUGUCAAUAUAAAAAAAAGUGGCAGUCCCAAGUUAAAAGAUUGGGUUAAAGAAAAGGUGCCAGAUAAAUUACCGGACAGUCUACGGGAAGAGGUGUUUCGCAAAGCAUCGUUCGGAAGCAAGUCGUUUCCCACUUACAGAAAGGAAACCUUUAGUGACACCACCAUUGAAACCCUGAAAAAAGAUGAAUAUUACACAACCACCUUCGCCUACGUUGCGGCAGCGAACUCCGAAAUGUUGAUCAUGCCGGAUAAGUAUUACAAGAACGUAAAAACCAACGAGAAGGGCAACCCGGCGUUAUGCGUUUGCGGAUUCCAGGACUGCAGUUGCUGUCCGCCAGAUGAAGACAAACCGCUACCCCCAGCUUCGAUAAAACAUGUGAAAGACACAAAAAAGGCGGUGGAACAGAAGAUAAUUGUGUGUAAAUGCGGGCACAACGACUGUGCGUGCACCCGAUCAGAAACGGAAUUACGAAAGACACUUAAAUCAACUGAAAAACUUACGAAAACUUAUGUAGCCGCUAAGAAACCGUCGGCGGAAGCUGUUCAAGUUUUCCAUGCCAGCAUGGAAUACAAUAAAGUCAAAAACUCAACGAAAAAUAAACCGACAAAAGGAAAAGUAGUGAAAAAAUCAAUACCUAAAAAACAAACUGUUCCAAAAUGCGGUAAAAAUAAUACAAACUAUUUUCUUGCGGACGAUACUAAAUCAAUGCACUUUGUAUCGCUGAACACUUCAACAAACAAAUCUUCGGGUAAUAGGUCAUCAGAACGCGAGAGGAGGUAUAUAAAGGUAAAUCCGUUAAAAGACACUUUGAAGAAAAUAAAAGGAGAGCCAACAAAAGCUUCAAAGAUCUCGGAUAUCGAAGAAUAGUUAACCUUAUCUAAAUGGUUGAGGUUUGGGAUUUUUUUUACCUAUCCGCCUACCUGAAAGCGUUCGUCAAAAGUCAGGCAAUUGUCGUGUAGUGGGGAUACAUUUAGACCGGAAGAACGGAUGGUAUAAGUAUUUGA